GAAAACGAGCCGUGUCGACGCGAACGAGCGUCCACCAGACCACCACCUCUCCAGAAUUCCUCCACGCCGCCGCGAUUUGUGGUCGGCCCCUUAACUAGCGGCAACGAUACACGCAGAAUCAAUCCCUCCGCCUCCUCCCCUUCUCCUUCCUCGCCAUGGCCACCGCGGAGCGAGCCCCGGAGCAGCUCGCUCCGCCGCCGCCGCCGCCGCCCGAGCGCGCCAUGGGGUUCGCGGAGCGGGCCGUCGCGGCGGCCGGCGCCGCCGUCGUCUCCGCCGUCCUCGUCAACCCCCUCGACGUCGCCAAGACGAGACUACAGGCACAAGCCGCUGGAGUCGUCUACAAUCCGAUAUGGUCAGAUUUUAGGUGCUAUCCAUGGUGUAACCCUGGUGGACUGAAAUUAAGUGGUUUAGGGCCAUCCUGCAGUCCUGAAUGCUUUCAGUACAGAGGAACAAUGGACGUGUUCUCUAAGAUCAGUAGACAGGAAGGAAUUUUUAGACUAUGGAGAGGCACUGGUGCAAGCUUAGCCUUAGCUGUACCAACGGUUGGGAUAUAUCUGCCUUCUUAUGACCUGUUGCGCAAUUGGAUUGAGGAAUAUUCAGAUCACAGUUAUCCCAAACUUAGGCCAUAUGCCCCUCUCAUUGCUGGAUCUAUUGCACGAUCAUUGGCAUGUAUAACUUGUUCCCCUAUUGAGUUGGCAAGAACACGUAUGCAGGCCUUCAUGCAAUCAAGUGGUGGGGCGAAACCCCCUGGAAUGUGGAAGACUAUGCUAGGCGUACUUUCAUCGAGGCAAAGCAUCAGCCACCCUGAAAAUUCUCGGGGAUACCAUCUUCUAUGGACAGGUAUGGGAGCACAACUUGCACGUGAUGUCCCCUUUUCAGCUAUAUGUUGGACGGUUCUUGAACCAACUAGAAGACACUUAUUGGGAUUAUUAGUUGGCGAGGAAAGCAAUGCAGCAGUUAUACUGGGGGCAAACUUCUCCGCAGGCUUCAUUGCUGGAGUUAUCUCUUCAGGCGCAACAUGUCCUCUCGAUGUUGCCAAGACACGCAGACAAAUAGAGAAGGAUCCUGCUAGGGUAUUAAACAUGAACACAAGGCGCAUACUUCUUGAGGUUUGGAGGAAUGAAGGUAUCAACGGCCUAUUCAGAGGCGCAGGCCCACGCAUGGCACGAGCAGGACCUUCAGUGGGCAUUGUCGUUUCUUCGUAUGAAGUUGUCAAACACAUCAUGCACAGGAAACACGCAGAGCUAUGAGAUUAGAUUUAGUUGUAUGUGGAUCCCAGCAACACACGAGCCUUCUGAUCAAACCAACAGCGGAGCCUCCUUCUGAUCGAACGUGACUUCACUCUCGUGAAAGCCGGUUAGAAAUGCCUACCUUAUCAGAAUGGACGUUUGGGUGUCCCUGUUGUAAUAAAGGGUAGAGUGCCCAAAAUGUUGUAAUUUCUUGUUACAAGAAGUUUUGUGAUAUCGCUAGGUGUUUGAGAUGUGUAAUUGCAAUUAGCACAAAUGGGAAGCACGCUCAGGAAUUAGAGUGAAGGUUAGAAAACCGCACCAACUA